AUUUAAAGUGUACAUUUAAUAUUUAACGUAAUUUGAUAUGUUUUUGGCAACAGGAAACAAAACAUAUUUUAUGUUUAACGGGGAAACCAACAAAACCGAAGCAUAAAGAGUAUUCUACAAAUAUGCUUCUGAAAUGAGAACAAAAUAAAUACAAACACAUUAACUUAAAUAUAGACGUAGCAAACAAGUAGCUGCGUCAAUGCGAAUAUAAGCAAAAGCGACAAAGUAUGUACAACUAAUUAACAACAACAACGGCGGAGAGCUCAAAGGAAAUAGCCGCUGCAUUUGUCGUUUUAGAGAAAGAAUUGUACUAACAAUAGUACAAGAAGUUUGCAGAGAUUUUAAUUUAGACGUGAGGGCACCUAAUGCGUUGGGUCUGGCAGCCACACUGUGCAUUUGGUAGUGAAAAUUCAAAGUGAAUGGUUUAUGUACAAAUUUGUGUGAGCGUUUGUAUACGUGAUUUAUUUAAAAAAUUGCAUAAGGUGUCAUAUUUUUCAAUAUUUUAACCGUUAUGGAUGGGAAACCGAAGAAAACGCGCCAACGGAAUCGACCAAGAAAUAAAGCAAAUCGCUUAAAGGAUGAUAUCGGUCAGACAUCGAAUAGUGCAUUAAAUAAUACUGAGAGUGUAGGAGUAAAUGGCUUUUUAAAUAUUGCGGGUCAGCAAAAAAUACUUGUUAACGAAUGUGUCAAUGAGAAUUACGAAGCGCAAACAGGGGUCACCACGAAUAAUAGUGAAUUGGCAACGCAAACACUGCAUGAUACGGACAAAGACUUGAGAUUACUGCAACAAAUGAUGCGCGAAAAGCUUCUACAGCAAAAUAAAAAGAGCGAUAAAGACAAUCCUGAUACAAAAGGCACAGCAAAGGUCGAUAGAAAGGGUCAAAAGAGUAGUGCUAGCUUGAGCAAAGGCAAAGAAAGUGGUAAAACGACAAAUGGGAAAACGGCUACGACAAAGAAAAGCCCGUCAGAUAACAGUUUACAAAAGCAAAGUGCAUUUGUUGCGAGUUUGCAGAGGAAAUUAGAGAAUUCAGUGGCAAACGGUAUCACCGAUUUACCUAACAAUUUGUUGGAAAGCCUGCAAAAAUUGCUGCAUGAGGGACCAAUAAGUGAUGUGGAGUCCUCAGACGACGAAGAGGAUUACAUCGAGUAUAUUUAUAGACCUCGAGAAUAUUUUUUGGUAGCCCUUUGUAAUUUUUGUAAAAAUGAGCUGAUAGCUGAAACGAAAAUCGCCUGCAAACGUUGUAAAUUGACAUAUUACUGUUCGGGCCAGCAUAUGAAGUGUGAUGAACAACAUCGGCAGAUUUGUUACGCAUUGCAACAGGUGGCAGAUAACUGUGGUGAUCACAUUUUUCGUAAAUGCGGUGAAUUCACCGCUGAACAAUUUCGGUCCUAUCGCAUUGUUAUAAUAAGACAAAUAGAAUCAAUAGUAAAUCGACCUUUGACAGCCACCGAACAGGAGGUAGUACUGUUCCCGCGGAUUUGCUGCAAUAUAAGCUGCCGAGAGUACGAUUUCAAAAAACUUGUGGACUGUGAAAAUUGUGGACAGGUCGCGUACUGCCGCGAUAAUCCAGAACAUUUUAACCAAUCUCAUCAGGAUUGGUGCAAGUCAUAUCAACUGUUCAAGAAGCUGGAGUUAAUACAGGCCAAAGUUGGCAAAGUCGACCCGGCAAUGCCUAUGAAAAUACUCCGUGACAUACCAGGAGCUUGUUGUAAUACUAAGCAGAUUCUGAGCAAAUUAGACUGCGUCGUUCAGGAUGAUUGUGAAUUCUCUGCGCUUAGUCAAAUUUCUACGUGUCCCUUGACAGCUUGGUAUGCUUUGAAGUUGUGUGGGCAUUUGAAGAAGUCGGAAGAAAUUACUGUACAUCUCAUCGGUGCUGAAAUUGAAUUCGAGGUUGAUGCUUUACACAAAUGGGAACUAUUCUUCUUACAUAUUAAUCCGAAUACCAAAAAACUAAAUGUGGUUUUCGUCGGGCCGGAGCUAAAUCAGGGUAAUGUGCCCUUUGAACAGUUAACGAAAACAAAAUGUUGCAGAUCUUGUCGUAAAAUACAACGCACGGUAAGUUACCGUUUUCAAAAUCAACUGUACCAUGACUACUUCAAUUUGCCAACAUUCAUGACACCCGAUUUAAUUUGCUUCUUCAACGCGGGCUUAUAUCGUUACAAUGGUUUUCAAAUGGAAGAUACUUGGCCUGAAACUAUACGUAUUGCCACGAAUAUAAAAUGCCCCAUUGUGGUUACAUCAUAUACGGCGUAUGAAGCGCCACUCGACAUUUCACGGUUGAUUCAAGAAUCCAGUCGAAGAAUUAAUGUGAUUUUACCGCCAACUCUGAAUCCAUUUGCUUCUAACAAGCCAGAGCGCAACUUUAUAUCGGAUGAGGAAGCACCAUUGAUGUUUAAGAACUAUUAUUGCUUUCUAGUCGAAUAAAUAAAUAAUUUCCUUGUUAAUUUAAUUCUUACGAAUUCCGUUAUUUUCUAUAGAGGUUACUCCGCUGUCAGUAAUAUUUUGCCGGCGAAGUGCGUAUAUUUAGACAAGUUGGUUACUAUUGGACUAGUUGCUCUCAUUUUAUUGGCAACACGUCUAACCAUAGUUCGCAGGUCGUUACCAGAAGAAUCAGGUCUACGUAACCGGGUGGGCCCAGAUUUUUCGAUUUGCCAGCAUUCUUCAAAAAUUUUAUGUCACUACAAGAAUCACCACAACUUGCCUCAGAGGUUUAUUUCCGUAACGUGAGCAAUAAAAUCCUCCAUUAAAAUUUUAUCUUGGUUGAGAAGUCAUCUUAUGAUUAGUUUAAUAACAGGAAAUCCAAUAUAAUGCACAUGCUCUGUUAGAACUAUGGGAAUGUUCGGCCUGCAAUCUCAGCCACAAUUCGUACUUCAGGCUACGGUAAAAAAGACGCUACACUUACUUUAAUCGGACAAGCUUUAAAAUGUUACCUUGAAAUGCAAAAUUCUUCAAAUCUAUCAGGUAUCUAGAAAUACUACCAGAAAAGUGGUCAUGUUACGAAAUGGGAUACACGCCAACCAACAUUGGGUCAAAUCGGGUAAUGUCUUUCAUUCCCCGGUAUGAAGAUAAUCCAUAAUUUUUAACUUAACUUUCAUUAUUUUCAAAAUUUCACUAGAUAUAUUUCUGUACUACUACUAUAUUUACUGUACUACUACUAAUUUUUUAGAACAAUCCAACCAAUUAAAGAUUUUUGUUACCAUCGAAUGCAACAGUGUAACAUGAUAAACUUUUUAUAAAGAGUCUGUCUAAUAAAUGAAAACAAACAACUGUCAAAAGUUGAGAGACAUGUGUUUCUAUUUUAUAAUUUACUUGUACAAGGAUUUUAAAAUAACGCAAUGAGUGACGACGAAGAGCUAUUUAAUCCCAAAGCACACAAGAAACUAUUGCAAGGCAUCAGCAGCCUAGGCAAAGCUCAACAUAUUAGGAAAACAACACGUAAUGAACCUAUACGACAGCAGGAUGAGUUUCAGUUGGUUAAGCCAGGAGACGAAUCAGCUGCACGUUAUCCCGUUGGCUUGCAUGAUAUUGUAAAAGUAUUGCAAACAACUAAGAAACAUAUAGAAGCGGGAAAACAACUAAAAGUUGUACAGUCUUCGAAAAGAGUUCUGGAUAAGCCACUAGAAAAGCCACAAGCAGAUCGUCUUAAGCGUGGACUAGGCUAUGAUACAACUAAGAAAAAUUUGGGACGAUGGGAUGCCGUUGUGUCUCAAAAUCGUAAUGCAGAAACUCAAGUUUUUCCUCUACGAUCCGAAACUAUUUAUGUCGACACGUCUUUAUACCGUAAACCCUUGGAACGAUCGCUUAAAUCUGAGUUAGCUCUCGAGUUGGAAGCAGAAAAAGCGCGUUUAAAAGCCGCUAAGCGAGAAUUAGCAGGUGAAACAGAGAAUGUGGAGGAAUUAGCCAAAAAGGAAGAAGAGUUAUUGAAGAAAAAGUUUACCCGAGACGAGCUUAUUGCUCGACGUAAAGAGUUAGCAUACUUAAAAAUCAGACAGUCCCAAAAGUCAGUAAAAGCACGCAAGCAAAACAAAAUCAAAUCGAAAAAGUAUCACAAAUUGCUUAAAAAACAAAAAAUGCAAGAGCAAAUCAAACAAUUUGAGAUUCUCCAAAAAACCAACCCUGAGGCAGCUUUGGAAAAAUUGAAUGAGUUAGAAAAGAACAGAGUUCUGGAAAGAGCUAGUUUGCGUCAUAAGAACACUGGUACAUGGGCUAAGAAUUUGCAAAUACGUGCAAAAUAUGAUAAGGAUGUAAGGAAGGAUCUGUCUGAACAAUUGCAAAUUAGUCGUCAAUUAACACAAAAAACAAUCGAUAGCGAUGAUGAGAAUGAUGAUUACAAUGCUACAAAGGCUUCGCGAAUCGGUAUGGAAAAAGAGUUGAAUGAAUCUGAUCCAUUCAAUCCAUGGACGCGUAUAGCAAGCAUUCAAACAGACUGCUUAACUAAUGAAGGUAAAGGUGAAGGUGGAAAUUGGAGAAAAUAUUGGCUGGACCGAAACGAAAAUGAAAAAAUGCUGGAUGAAUACAAAAAGCUUUUAGUUGAAAAAGAUAUGUCUGAUGAUGAACAACAAGGAAAUAAAGAAAAAAUAGGAACUAAACAGAAACCGAAAAAAGGUGACCAAAUGAGUAAACAUGUUAAAAAAACUAAGAAAAGAACUACAGUUGUCGAAAAAGAAAUUAAAAGUAGUGGGGCUGGUCAAUGGUUAGUUAAAGAGACGAAAAGCGAAGGUGGUAACAAUAUUGACGAUAUUUUUAAUAAGCAAGAGGACAAAAUUAAACAAAGAAUAACUAAAAAAAUUAAAGAACUAUCGAAAAAGGCUAAGCUUUUAAAAAAGAAUCAGUUGAAAAAUACAAAACAGAAAAAACGUACGCAAAAGAAUGAUCUGAAGAAUUUAAAAGAUUUAUCCUUUAAAAAAGUUGUGAAACGACCAAUAAUAGACGAAGAACUUGGUAUUGAAGAAGUCAGUAAAAGCAACGUUGAAAUUAAUUUGGAAAAAGUGAAAAAGGAUGAAGACAAUGGUAAAAAAUCCAAUUCUGUAGCGAUUAAACCAUCAACAACUGAAGUAAAACCUUCUACAAUCAUUGAUCCAAACAAAUUGGCUGAUGUGAAACUUAAACAACAUGUAAAUAAUUUCAUUGGUUUAAAUGAAUCUCUUAGUGCUGCAGACGAUGACGUUGACAUGAGUGGCGAUGAAGACAAUGAUAAGGUUUACUUAGAUCAACAAAUGACAAUCAGUCAAGCAUUUGAAGACGAUGAUAUUAUUGCCGACUUUAUGCGCGACAAAGCUAAAGACUCGGAAGUAAAAGACGCCGAGAUCGAUUUAUUUAUGCCUGGUUGGGGUUCAUGGGCUGGCUUUGGUAUUUCUGCUGAGCGCCAGGCUGCUAUUAAAAACAAACGUCUAGUUCUAAAGUUAGCUGAACAGGAAAAGCGUCGUGAUGAUAAUAAAGGUGGCCUAUAUAUCAACGAAACAGCGAGUAAACAAUUACGAUCUCAUCUUGUUUCUGAGGUACCAUUUCCAUUUACCUCUGUAGCUGAUUAUGAGGGCAGUAUUCGCGCAACUAUUGGGCGAAAUUGUGUUCCGGAAACUGCCUUUCGUAUGCUAACUCGACCAGCAGUCAUAACACAUAAAGGUCAAGUAAUUGCACCCAUGGAUCAAAGCGAAAUAACAAAACCGCAGCGCAGGUUAAGACAUGUAGUUGAUAGAAGGAUAGCGAGAAUGAAUGAGAAUGCUCCAUCGAAAUAGGUUAAAACUAAAUAAAAUUUGAAAUAUUAGAAUUAAUUUUUUUUUGAGAAAUUCAUAUGUAUCUACAAGUUUACAUGAUUUUACAGUUUUUAAGUGCUGUUUCGUUAUUUUGGCUAUACAGAUUAACUGAUGGUAAGUGAAAAAUAUUCGUUUGUUAAAAUAAUUGGCAUACAAAUAAAAUAUAAUAUGGGAAAGAAGCUGAAUGGGUUUAAUGGCAAUCAAUUUAUUGGUGCAGGGAGUGCAUUCAUCUCAAUCGUAAACAUGUGUAAAGAAAUUUUUUUUUAUAUAUUUUAUAAUAUUUCUUAUUUUUGCAAUAACUAUCUGCCACCUCAACAAAGUUCCAUAAAUUUAUUUGCGACAUUCUUUUACAACUACUGUAAAUAGUAAAAAUUCUACAAAAUAUCACUUACACACAGGUAGUCAGGACAUUUAAUUAGUCAUUUAAUGUAUAUAUCUUAUACCUAAUAAAAACGUAUUUAUCUAUUUGAA